UGUCAGUUCUUCGGGGUCUGUUGAGCGCUUCGGUCGCAUUCGCAUUCGUUUCGUUCUGGGGCGACGCAAUCGGCGCUGCGCAUGCGAAGUCAAUGCGCGUAAAUUGUAACAUAGCAACGGGCAGAAAGUGCAAGUAGAUAUAAAAAUAAGUGCGACCAGUGAACGAAUUGAAACAGUAAACAAAAAUAAAGUGAAAUAAGAAGCAGAACUAUUAUUAUGGCCAACUAAGCAACCUCGAAGCCCGGCAAACAAAGUGCUGUGUGUCGAAGGUAGAAAAUAACGCAAACGCAAAUGAAAGCAAUGCAAGUGCAAAUACAACGAGUAUUAAUGACAGAUUGAAGAAAUUUUAUGUGCCUCGCCAGCAAAAAUAUUUGUCCAACCAUUUUUCGUGACUCCUAACUUGCGCAAUUUACCAACAAAUUUCCCAUUCCGCGCCCCGUAGCCAAUUCGUUUUGUUUAUUUUACAUUAUCGAUGCUCGGCAUUUAUUUACGCAACUCGGUCGGCCACCAACGCCGAUGAACGACGAACGCUUAUCACUGACGGCAGAGAAAGGCGCAUACAUUCGUAUGCCCAAAAACAGCGAGUACAUUACAAAUAUUGGGACUUCGGAUAACGUACUGAUAAAAAUGCCCACACACUGCGCUCGCAAGGUGCAAUAGCGAGCCACGCCUACAACGCCCAACUACCAUAAAAACAAAACUAACUGCAAAUAAAAAUGAGUAGCCUGCGGCCAGCGAGUGUGUGCGAUACGACGCCGUUGCAGCGUUUCGAGAGCCAGAGCAGUUCCAGUGAGGAGCCUUCUUCGCCGACGGCAGCUAGCAUCAUAGCAGCCGCCGCUGCAGCGAAUUCUACUGGACAGCAUCCACAACUUCCACAACAUCCACAACUCCCACACCAACAACAGCACUACAACAACAAUAACAUUAACAACAAUGUUAAAGUCGACUUACAGCUGCCGUCAUUUGUUGGGGCGGCUGCAGGAAUCGGCGGAGGGGGAAGGGGAGCUCUUGUCUCCAAGCCGACGGCACGCGGCACUGCGCAUAUCUUCGGACGCAUCAUUGUGGAUCUGAGUUUGCUCAGCUGCGUUGGCCUGACCAUGCUCGGGUUCUCGCUCUGGGGUGAGCCCAACAAGCGGGGCUUCUUCUGCGACGAUCUCUCCCUGAAGCAUCCCUAUAAGGACUCGACCAUACGCAGCUGGAUGUUGUAUUUGUUCUGUGCAGCGCUGCCCGUAUCCCUGAUCUUACUGGUGGAAUUCUACAGGUCACAGGAUAAGCACGGUAAGAAGCAUUCCCAUCAUUAUCACAGCCAGCAGGAGGGCAGCGGUUACUAUUUGUGCCACAUGGAGUUGCCCCAUUGGCUGCUGGAAUGCUAUCGCAAGAUUGGCACCUUUGUGUUCGGUCUGGGCAUCGAACAGCUAACGACGGAUAUAGCCAAGUACGCUAUAGGACGUCUGCGACCGCAUUUCUUAACGCUCUGUCAACCCGUGCUUCUGGACGGCUCGACUUGCAGCGAUGCUUCGAAUGCGGGUCAUUACAUUGAGGAGUUUACUUGCUCAACGGUCAAUGUGAGUGCCAAGAUGCUGAAGGAUAUGCGUUUAUCCUUUCCCAGCGGACACGCGAGUUUCGCCUGCUACUCGAUGAUUUAUCUAGUGAUCUACUUGCAACGUCGCAUGCAUUGGCCGCGUCUUCGGAUGUUUCGCCAUCUGCUGCAGUUCCUGCUCCUGAUGUUCGCUUGGUACACGGCGCUGACUCGCAUCUCGGACUACAAACAUCAUUGGUCCGAUGUCUUGGCCGGUUCAGCAAUUGGAUUUACCUACGCGGUUGUGGUGACUUCGACCAUUUGGUAGCUUAAAUUCACAGCAAACUCGACUUCAAUCCCCACCGUUGCGGUCUACGCUUUAACUUUCCUGUGCUUGAAGUUUCAGUUUUUAAUUCUUAACAUAAUUUAUUCUUAGUUUCUACCUGUACGACUAUAUACUUACCUGCAAAUGUAUACAUAUAUCUACUAUAUACACCUUUGUAUAGUAUAUGCUUACGUAUACACGUAUUUUCUACGUUACGUUUUACGUUUUGUGCUUUACUUUAGUUAUUCUUAAUAAACUUUUAAUAGUGUUUAUUUUCGGUA